UCCAGCGUUCGUCUGCGUUUGCCCAUGAACGAUGGGAGCGCGCUCCCGACACUUCAGGUGAAUGAGAGGGAAGCAGAGGAGCGGGAUACACAGUUCACUGUGCGUGGCGUUAAAAAGAAACAAUUAGGAAAAAAUGAGCUACGUUACGUCGCUUGGGGUGCAUGUUUGUAUGACAGCAUAUCUACUCUUCGUGAUGGGAUGCGUUGCACAGAAAGUGUACUUUGACUGUGGUGCCAGGGUGGAUGUGGUGGAUGUCCAAGGCCUAAUUCUAUCUCCUGGCUUCCCAUACAACUACUCCUCUGGGACACACUGCGUCUGGCAGUUUGUUGUACCUAUUGAUUACCAGCUUAUUCUGGAGAUAUUUGACUUUGAUGUUUUUGAAAGUCAUGACUCAGAAUCAAAGUUCUCUGCUAUUUCUAAAUUUGAUGAAGAAGAUUCAGAGGAUGGGGCAACUCUCGCUCCUGGCACCUUAGGGGCAGAUGAAACCUCGUCAGUGGCUAAAGAUCCUGUGGUUCAGAGCGUAGGUGAUGGCUCAAAGACUCAGCAAUCCUUCCAAGAUGGUGAGGUGAAGCAAAUAGUUGUACAAGAACAGUCUACAAAAAUGGAGAUUACCAAAGUCUCAAAUUCUGCCAAAAGAUCUGCAGAUGCUGCCUCUAGCCUAUCUUUGCCACCUUCUUCCACUCUCCUCCUCCUACCUGAUGCUGUGCCUCCUGGAGACAAAGCCAUCAACUCUGCCUCCUCAUAUCAGCUAAGGGGAGAUGCCAACCCUAGUACUAACCCGACCACAGUUGUGGAUGAGACCACCAUUUCUUCACCACACUCCACCAACACUCUAGGUGUAAGCCCUGAAACCCAGCAGUCUGUCCUUGACGCCUGCCCCCACGAUGUCCUCUACAUCUCAGACCUCAUCACCUUCUCCUCUAGGUUUUGUGGGUCUAACCGGCCUCCUAGCAGCCAGCUGGUGUUCGGCUCAAGCCAGGAAAUGGUGGAGGUCAUCAUGGAACUGAUCACUACCACCCACUGGGGACGUGGUUUUGCUCUUCUAUUCCACUACCAGAACCUGACCGAGCCACAAGGGGACCUCCGUGCCACAGCUUAUACUGCCAAUAAGCUAGACACUCUGCUGGCUGCAGUGAGUGGAGCUGCUUUCUUCGCUAUGAUACUUACAAGUGCCCACUGCAUCAUUUUCAGACCCAAACUGUGUCCAAAAAGGGCCAGCUCCUGCGCAUCCAGCAACUCUGAGGUGCCGGAGGGAGUCCAGAACACCGUGGCUGAGGUCAGUGAGCUGCAGCCGAUUGCUGAGAAUCAGGCCAACCUGGAGACGACCAUAGAGCAUGACAACAACAACCUGCCACACACAGUCACUGCUAGUGGCGAUGUAUCUCAGAAUGCAGAUGUGGACCUCUCCUGCAGCGGUUUGACUGAGCUUGACCUUGGUGCAGAUGAAGUUUUCAUUGUGUCCUCAGGCCCUAACCCGAGUGGCCUACCCCCCUCACCUCACACGCAGCGGGAGCGGUUUCUGCGACACAGUGACACUGGUCCUGGUCCUGCGGGCGAUUGGCCGUCACCACUAGACUCCACCACCUCACCUGGAUCCACAUCAGUCAAGGAUGGCAACGGCUGUGCCAGACCGAGGGCGUGGAGUGUCCGCACCUUCCAGGACUUCCUCCCUCCGUUGCCGCAGCUUCAUAAGAAGUGGUGCAGCUGGAACUCGACUAGUCCCUUCACCAAGCUGGUGGACAGCACUCCAUCCAGUUUGGUUGCUAACUGCAGAGGUGGCGACAGCAGGAAGGUUUUCUCUGACGUUCACCUGGAAGGCAAGGCAGAUACCAGCACAGCCUCAGACUCAUCCAUCAGCAAUGCCUCCUAUCCCCUCACGCAGCCUGCCCAAAGGCAGCGGCGCCUCAACUCCACCAGCAACCUGCGACGUUCUCGGUUCACAGGGCCGUGUUUUGGCCUCCUCUCAGCGACAGCAGACCUGGCGAAGGCCUCGGGCUCCUCCUCCUCCUCAGAGCCCGUCUCUAGAGCCUCUUCCUCCCCUCAGUGUCAAAUUGAGAGUGGCCAUGCUGGCAAGCUUCGAGAUUUCCCAGGCGAGGGUGAUCACAUCAGCGUGCCCGUGUUUGCCAUCUCCGAGGAGGAGGACCGGCAGCCUCUGGUCCCAGCCGAACACCUGGAGCAGACCUCCGCAUCUGCUUUGCUCAACGGGCUGGUUACAGGGACAUGCGAAGGUAAGGCGCCUGUUCUAGGAAGCACCAACCUCGGCUCCCAAAGGCCCAGACCAGAGUGGAGGCUUUGGGGAAGCCAGGUGUCAGGAGGGGUUGGUUCACUCUCUUCCAGCGAGUCAAACGCCAUCAACAGCAGCCAGCCAUCUCUCAGUGUGUCCACAGGGCUGUGCAGUGUGACCAACCAGAUGUGACACGAUGGUGAUGAGCAGGGACUCUGGUGGGCCAGUUCUGCAUUUCUGAACUCUUAGUGUCACUGGGAUACAGCUCAUUUACUCCUUUAAUUUCCAAAAUCAACUCUUACAAAAUUACAUCUCCUGUAGCUUCCUGUUGGUAUACAUGCAUAUUAUUCUCACUGUAGUUUUUCUAUUUUUAUAAAGUUUUUUGUUUCACACCUUUCAGUGAGUUGUAACACUCCAACCACUGCACUGUUUUCAGUAGCUCUGUCAUUGUGGAUUUUCUUCUUCCUGUGCCAGCUUUGUUUUCUUUUCUGAUCUUCAUGAGGAUGCUUCUUUAGUACAUCGUAGCAAAUACUUAGUUGCAUAUUACCUAAAAGUGUUCUACACAGCAUAGAUAAUACAUUUAUAUUAAUGCUACAACAGUUCAGGCAUACAGUAUGUACCUCUAAGACUGAUGCUGGAUUAUAAAAGGGAAAUCAAAAUAAAAGCAUAUUAAGUACCAAUAUACACCAUUACAUAGCAUAAAGACAGAAAUAGCAUUCACAAUAGUAUUAAAAAAAAGUCAGUAUGAAUAAAUGUAAAGUUUUAAUAAAGCCAAUAUCACUUGCAGCUUGUGUUGUUGAUUAACUCAGUGCUACAGAAACAGUAAAAACCUCAAACUUGUUUGAAACCAUUUGAAGUCAGAAUGAAGAUUUGCACUGAAAUCACAUAUUUAAAGGUUACAGAAACUCCAUAGUAACUUAAAGUUAACAAAAGCAAGCCAGUUUUUACUUUCAGCUAUCAUUUUUUUAA